GUUUAUUUUUUUAUAUUUCAAUAACUUGGGUCGUUUUUUCCUGUUUGAAUUCUGUAAUUUUUGGUGAUGAUUCUUGAUUCGUGUUUCUUGAUUUUGCAAGCCUUGUAAUUUUUGGAAUGAUCAGUCUGUAAAACUAUGUAUUAGCUACGAUUUAGUGUGCAAAUCGUUCAAAAUAGUUCGUUUUGCCCAAGGGGGGGUUUAAUUGGAGUGAUAAAUCAUAGGAUUGAGGAAAGAGAAGGAUGGUCAGACAAGUCAAAAUUAAUCUAUCCAUUGAAGUUAAUGGUACUAUUCUAUGUAUGGACAUGUGGAGAAACUCGCUGAAGAGAUAAAGAAAGGAGCUGCAUCUGUUGAAGGAGUAGAAGCCCAGUUAUGGCAGGUUCCCGAAACACUAUCUGAUGAUGUUCUGACGAAAAUGAGCGUGCCUCCAAAGAGUGAUGUGCCCAUUAUCACCCCUAAUCAGCUCUCUGAGGCUGAUGGCUUCAUAUUCGGCUUCCCUACAAGGUUUGGCAUGAUGGCUGCACAAUUCAAAGCGUUUUUUGACGCUACUGGAGGCCUAUGGAGAACACAACAGCUCGCUGGCAAGCCUGCCGGGAUCUUCUACAGCACUGGAUCUCAAGGCGGUGGCCAGGAGACUACAGCAUUGACUGCUAUCACUCAGCUUGUUCACCAUGGCAUGAUCUUUGUGCCGAUCGGGUAUACGUUUGGAGCUGGCAUGUUCGAAAUGGAGAAGGUUAAAGGUGGAAGCCCCUAUGGAGCUGGGACUUAUGCCGGUGAUGGUUCAAGGAGCCCGUCCGAGCUUGAAUUGCAGCAGGCUUUUCAUCAAGGGAAAUACAUUGCCACAAUUGCCAUGAAACUGAAGGGAGGAGCUGCCUAAUCUCUAUUCCAGAUCAUAAUUUUCUUAUUUUUCCAAGAUUCUACAUCUUUAUUUGCUGAGAUGUCACUGUAUUUCUUGUUCUGCUUAAUACAGUAUCUGUCCCGAUGUCAUAACUUUGCCUACCUUAUAUCUGAAGUGGCAUUUAUAUGUUAAAAAAUAUUGUUUCCUGAAAUUAUGUUAUCCAGUAAUGCUUAUAAUU